AUGGCUUUGGGUGGGAAUUUUUCCACCGGGGCUGAAAGAGCAACGGAUAGUCUGAAGUCAUGGUGUGGCGAGUUGAAAACUUCUGCGACAGCUGAAAGAGUAAGCGAGAACAUGAAAUCAUGGUGUGACCAAUUGCGAACUUCUACGACAGGGUAUCUCCCAGGACGUGAAAAUGUUGUACCGGAAGACAAAGACGACGAUGAAGAUUCUUCAAGUGAUGGUGAAGACGGCACUUUCUCGUUUUCAGGCACCAAAGGUGUAUCAGCGAGGAAGUUUGGUAUUAUUGCGCUCUUGGUAGUUGUUGUCUUUUGGCAUCUCAAAAUGGACAUCCAUAGGCUCAGGGCUGCUGCGCCAUGUAGGGGAACAGCCUCUGACUGGAUCCAAGGAGAUUGGCCAGAUGUGAUUGUUUCAACUGUGGAUACAUCACAUUGUAAGUUCUCAUCAAACAGCAAACCAGCCUACUUCCCAUCACUGGCAGGAACUGGAGACGAAAUUGGUUCCACUUAUGGUGCUGCAUCUAUCAGCAAUCCAAAGCACAACCAGUUCACAAUCUACAUUCACUUCAACAAUAAACACCACCUCACUCCUGACAAAGCAACAGUCAUGAUUAUCACAUUCAGUGGCUUGCCUAUGUGGACUAGCUGGCUGUGCUGGAUUGGCAUACUAAUGGAGCGACACAGCGACACUGGACACUGA